GUUGCCAAAAUGGCGAGGCUGGAAGUGCUGAACCAGGUGUUGGAGGAGCACCGAAAGGAGCGCGUGGAGAACCUCAACAAGGAGAAGGCGACGGCCGAUUCCAUGGUCGCGCAGGCGGUCAACCUCACCUUCCUCCAGCAGGGCUGGCUGGACAACCUCCGAG